AAAAUAAGCCUUGCCAAUUCGCUUUCUUUUAGCGCGCUAAAAACAAUUUCCGCCUUGAACCAUUUCUAGUUGUCGAGAUCUCACCAGAAAGAAAGAAAUUAACAAAACCCUAACGCUAAAGCCUUAGGACUGGGUGAGUUCUCUCAAUAUCUUGUUUUUAGUUUUGUCUUUUGAUUAUUUCUUGUUUCCUUUCUAUAUCUCCAACCUUUGCUUUCAAUUUGCUUCUGAAUUACGAAACUAAAACCCUAAUUCGUCUCUGUCUACAAUUUUGCUCUGAGAGAAAUCGAAUUCAGUCACCAUGAGUAGGCCAAUGGAUGAGGAUUCCACAGACAAGAAUGAGUCAGAGGAUUUCAGCACUGGGCCCCUUUCUGUUCUCUUGAUGAGUGUUAAAAAUAACACACAGGUGCUUAUUAACUGCCGCAACAACAAGAAGCUUCUUGGACGUGUGAGGGCAUUUGACAGACACUGCAACAUGGUUCUAGAAAAUGUCAGGGAGAUGUGGACUGAGGUGCCAAAAACUGGAAAAGGCAAGAAGAAAGCUCAACCAAUCAACAAAGAUAGGUUCAUCAGUAAAAUGUUCCUCCGAGGAGAUUCUGUUAUCAUUGUCCUUAGGAAUCCGAAGUGAAAUGCAAUGGUUCUUAUUAUCCUUUUUACUCACUUGCCCAUUCUCUUGGAGAAAGUGUGGUUCAUGUGUUCUUAUUGGGUUCUGGGACUAAAUUGUUAUGUGCUUGAGAGUUUAUUGUAGUUCUAAUAUUGACCUUUUGUUUUGCUCCAACUAGUAGUUUUUAGAUGGUGUUCUGGUUCCAAGGCAAUUAUCAUUUUGUUUUUCUAGCCCAAUAUUUAUACGAGUUUAUGAGACAGCAGCAUAUUUUUGCGGUUC